UAUUAUAUAUCCUCGAAGGUCCGUGUGCUCAGUGCUUCUAACUGCUAUAGAUAAACAUGUCAUCCACAGGCAGCACGCAGAGCACCUCUCAAGGCAGCUCAGACAGUAGCGGUCUAGUAUGGAUAAUAAUUAUGAUUGGAGUACUGGUGACAAUUGGGAAAAUAUAUUUCUUGUACACGUUGUACCAGAAACAUGUGUUGCGGAAAACCAAUAAUUCAAAUCCAUCACCUGUCAUGUAUGGAGAUGCAAAUAUGGUUUCCCCAAAUUUAUGGAUUGAAGAUGCAACAGUGGAGAGGUUUCUCAAACAGAUUGCAAAGGAGAAGCCAAUCAGAUUUACAUUCCCACAGCUUGCUGGCAUCACUCGCAACUACACCAUUCGCCUGGGCUCUGGCGGUUUUGGAAUAGUCUACAAGGGACAGCUUCCUAAUGGAGUCCAAGUAGCAGUAAAAGUGCUAAACACUGUAGGAUCUGAGGACAAGAGACUAAUGGAGCAGCAGUUCAUGGCAGAGAUUGGCACCAUUGGAAGAACAUUUCAUGCAAACCUUGUUAAACUCUAUGGCUUCUGCUAUGAUUCAAUUGCCAGAGCCCUGAUCUAUGAGUACAUGGACAAGGGAUCUCUAGACACAUAUCUGUUUGACAAGAGCCACAUCAUUACAUGGGAGAAGUUGCAUGAGAUUGCAAUAGGUACAGCAAAAGCACUCUCUUACUUGCACGAUGAAUGCGAGCAAAGGAUCAUACACUAUGACAUCAAACCAGCAAACAUCCUCCUAGACAACAACUUCACCCCUAAAGUGGCUGACUUUGGAUUGGCAAAGCUUUGCAACAGAGAGAACACUCAUGUGAGCAUGACUGUAGGGCGGGGGACUCCGGGUUAUGCAGCACCGGAGAUGUGGAUGAUGGGACAAGUGACAUACAAAUGUGAUGUUUAUAGCUUUGGGAUACUCCUGUUUGAGAUUGCAGGGAGGAGAAGGAGCUUUGAUGCAAGCUUGGAGGAAGAUGAGCGUUGGUUUCCAAAGUGGGUGUGGGAGAGGUACGAGAAUGGAGAAAUGGAAAAGGUGCUGGAGAUGAUUGGAGUUGAUGAUGAACACAAGGGUGAAACAGAGAGGAAACUAAUGGUGGCCUUGUGGUGUGUGCAGUACCAGCCAGAAAGAAGGCCUCCCAUGGACAAGGUUGUGAAGAUGUUGGAAGGGGAAAUGGAGAUUGUGCCUCCAUUGAAUCCUUUCCAGCACCUGCUUUCAACUUCUGCACCAUCCAAGGAUUUAUGGAGUGGCACGAGUUUGUCAUCAAGUGGAGCAGAUAACCAAGGACUAAGAUUUCACUCUUUACAACAGCAGCAACAACAACAACAAGAAGCCGCUAGAUUUUACUCUUUACCAGUUUAAAAAACCAUACAGUAAUUACCCGCAGCCCACUUCAAGUAUAUCAGCAAUUUGUAGCUGAAACAAAUGAAAUGCACAUUAUUUUCUCAGUUUGAACUAGUUUUUCUUUA